AUGUUCAAAGUUUUUAGAAGAGAAAAAGAAUCCCAAAAAGACAAGUGGCCAGAACGGGUCUCUCAGAGUCCGAGUGAUACUCGCUCUGUCUUGCAUGUGGGUAAAACUUUGGGAUAUAGAGAGCAACCAAAAGGGAACCCCAGGUGUAACACAGCUACUGGGAAGGCAACGUGGGAAUAUUUGAGAAGCCCCACUGUGUUCUUCGACAUGGCUGCUGACAGCGAGCCCUUGGGCCGCGCCUCCUUCAAGCCGUUUGCAGACAAAGUUCCAAAGACAGCAGAAAACCUUCAUGCUCUGAGUACUGGGGAGAAAGAAUUUGGUUAUAAAGUUUCCUGCUUUCACAGAAUUAUUCCAGGAUUUAUGUGCCAGGGUGGUGACUUCACACACCACAAUGGCACAGGCAGCAAGUCCAUCUAUGGAGAGAAAUUCAGUUAUGAGAAUUUCAUCCUGAAGCAAGGUCUUGGCAUCUAGUCCAUGGCAAAUGCUGGACCCAACACAAAUGGUUCCCAGUUUCCCAUCGGCACUGCCAAGACUGAGUGGCUGGAUGACAAGCAUGUGGUGUUCGGCCAGGUGAAAGAUGGUAUGGAUGUUAUGACAGCCAUGGAGGGCUAUGGGUCCAGGAAUUGCAAGACCAGCAAGAAGAUCACCAUUAAUGACUGUGGACAACUCUCAUAA